AAAUCAAAUCACUUUACAAACAAAAUUAAUUACAAAAAACUAUAACUAAAUUACUAUUAUUUCUGGAACUAAUCGCUUAAUCAUAUAAUCGUUUUAAAAUUAAAUUUAAUUAGUGAUCAAUAUAUCCGUUGACUGACACCACCGAUGACUAAUCAAGAGUACAACAAGAGUAGGACAAUCUCAACACCAACAACAACAACAAGUGAUUUGGUUUUCAACAAUCCAUACAUUUUAGCCAAAAUAGCCGCCCGUUUGGACAUCAGAUCCCUGUCCAAUGUCCAGAGUGUUAACCGUCACUUCUAUAACGCCUCGAACUAUGAAACCGCUAAACGCCGAGACAUUGUCCAUAUCUAUCUGUUGGACGACUACAACGCCAGCGCUAAGACAGUUAGUCCAACGCAUCGGCUUUUCUACUCGUUUCGGGCGUACACUCGUCUGUGGCUAAACACUAAACCCAUGGAAGCGAUAGUAGUAAUCGGUGGCUACAAUCGCAGUCCAGACUAUCGACACAAACACAACUCAUUGGAAAGUUUGUCGCGAUAUUUGCCGAAACACUGUCGCAUAACAUACCUGGACGUCGGCAGUACUGUACUGACCAGUUCUAUACGAUACAAAAGUCUAACCAAUUGUCACAUCAAUGGAUUCAAUGACUUUGAUCGGACAGCCUAUCCAUGCAUGUCUUCAUUAUUAUUGCCCGAAAUAGACGGCAUCGAAAUCUGCAGAUACCGUGACAUCAAUUCAGUAAUUAUAGACGAAUCGGUAAAGUGUGUCCUAUUGUUUCAGUCGCUAAAACUCAUGAGAAGAAGUGGUGUCACAUUUGGAAAGGCAUCGCGACUGACGUACUGGGCAUUAGAGUCGAUGAUCGCAAAGUUUGGCGACAACUAUGCAUUGGGCGGCGGAACUGUUGUGGCCGUCAAAAGUAUGCAACAAAACUGUCCCGAAGAAGACGAUCUGUGCCAUACACUGGUGCUGACCAUUGGUGGCGAUCGUGUCCGCACCGGAAGCACUGUCAUCUCCACAACAACAAUCAGUUUCGAGCUAUUCUAUGCUCAGCUAAAGACAUUCAAAUCCCGUCUCGGCUUCGACUGCGAUGACAGCCGCCGGUCAACGACUGCCUGCUUUGUGUUUAGCAACCGACGGGCUUUCGGUGACCAACUGUCGCUGGCCCUGCAAAUGACGUUCCCGAGUGCCGCACUGUUUGGCUUUCAGACCAACGAAGGUAUGUUUGGUAAGGAGUUCGCCGCCACCGACACUGAUGGCCACCAAAACAGCCGAAACAAGACAUUCAACGAAAUCGCGGAUACGUUAAACAAAUCAGUCAUCGUUUUAGUCAACUUUCAGUUUAGCAAACAUUGAAUCAUUUAUUAUAUAUUUAUGUUAUUUUUUUGGAUUUCAUUUAUAUUUAUAUAUAGUUUUUAAUUAAUUAAUUAAUUGUUUUUUGUUUUGU